AUGCGGACCAACUUCACCGACGCACAAGACAAACGAAUUGUAGCGCUUGCACUCGAGUAUGAAUCCCAACACAAGCGAGUUGAGUGGAAGGAGGUGGCGCGGGCCAUAAGGAGUAAACAUUCUGUCCAAGCGCUUGAGAACCGGCUGCGUGCUCUGAAGCGCACGUAUGGACGUGAUCUAUCAAGAUUUCCACCGUGUUUUUUCUCCACGUCGACGCCAACAUUAUCUCACAAGCAGCAUCUUCGUCUUCUGGAGCCGAGCCAAGCCGAAAGCGCUAUUCGCGAUAUCUUAAGCAACGUUUCGGCCGCGGACGCUCGUCAACAAGCGGGAAAGACGGAUGAGAACGCAGGUGAGAUGCUGCCUGACGCUAUAUCAAGCGUGAUUCAAAUGAUUGGAGCUGUGCAUCGAGACUACGUCUUUCUUGACAUUGGUGCUGGCCUGGGGAAUGUUGCGGCGCAGUUUGCGAUUCAGACGAUUGCACGCCAAUGCUUGGAAAUCGAGAAACGACCGGAGGUUUUUCUUCGAGGUGUUCAUUGUUUGCGAGAGCAUGCACCAAGGAUGCUAUUACUCCACAAAGUGUUUUUGAGCCAAGGAGACGUUCUUGAUACGCCACUUUCGUCGCGUUUACCAUUUCAGCGUGCACCAAAAGUUUCUCUAAACGAUUUCCUGUUUGAUGAAUUAGCAAAGCUGGCCGUACAAGAGCAACUGUAUAUGAUGCUGAGAGUACGUUUGAUCGUUUCUACGUCUCGCUAUUGUCCACGCCAUCGCGAUUCCUGCCGAAGAAGAUUUUGCUCCAAGUGGAGGCUCGCGAAAAUCACGUAUGGACGGGGUAGCUGGAAGUCUCCUCCAAUCCCAAUGUACAUGUACACGACUGUCCAGCGACUGGAGAUUAUAGUGCGUUGA